UAUACCAGCAGAACUCGGGACAGAUCGUAAACCGAGCGGGAAGGUUACCAUGGCGACGGUUUGUCUGGAAUGUAAACAAAACCGCGGCAAGGGCACGAUGUUGUGGGAAGACAGAGAUGUUCGCUUUGAUAUUAGUCCCCAGCAGAUGAAAAUGAGAUCUGGGGAGAAGGUAAUAGAUAAACUUGACUCCGUUGAAGAUACCAAAGGGAAUUCGGGGGACAGAGGGAGACUGAUUAUCACAAAUCUGCGCUUAAUAUGGCAUUCGCACAGCAUGCCAAGAGUUUCUUUGUCUGUUGGUUACAACUGCAUCAUAAAUAUAACAACAAAGACUGUAAAUUCAAAACUUAGAGGUUUAACGGAAGCUUUAUAUAUUUUGACUAAGGCAAAUAGUACCAGGUUUGAAUUUAUCUUCACAAAUCUCAUCCCGUCAACAGCAAGACUUUUCACCUCAGUUAUUGGGGUUUAUAAGGCUUAUAAUUCCUCAAAGAUGUACCGUGAGUUGAAACUGAGAGGUGCUAUUAUUCAGAACAAACAGCUGAGAAUAUUACCUCAGGAACAAAUAUUUUCUCGUGUGAAUGGAGUUUGGAAUCUGUCCAGUGAUCAGGGAAAUCUUGGCACGUUUAUCAUUACAAAUGUACGUCUAGUCUGGUUUGCAAACAUGAAUGAACUCUUCAACAUAUCUCUGCCAUAUCUACAGAUAGCCUCUGUAAAAGUCCGUGAAUCCAAGUUUGGCAUGGCACUGGUGGUUGAAAGCACAGAAGCCAGUGGAGGUUAUGUGCUUGGCUUCAGAAUCGACCCUGUUGAAAAACUUCAUGAAGUACACAAGGAGUUAUCGUCACUGUACAAUGUGUAUUCACAAUGUCCAGUCUUCGGCAUAGAGUUUGUUCUUCAUGAUAAGCCGGCAGGAGAGGAGGAGACAUUGGAUUUGCCAGAAAUGGAGGAAGCGGAGAUUGAUGAAUCCAUCAAUGAUUCUGCUGAUGUCCUGGCAGCUUACCUCGCUGAUGGACGGCACAGUGACCGGGAGACUGUUUUCUCAAAUGAGUUAGGACUUGCCAUUGAGAAAUUAAAAGAUGGAUAUACUUUGCAAACACUGUGGGAGGUCAUACCUAGCUAAUUUGCUAUUUUCAUUAUCAUAUUUUGUUUUGCUGUCAUGUACAUGCAAGCUAAAAUACGAGAUUAAUGAAUGUGAUAUGAUAAUUUUUGACAAAGAUAUUGUAAGUCAUGAUGUGGUUUAAAAUAGCUCAUAACAUAAAAUACGAUUGUAUAAGAUGUAAAAUCAGUACAAUUUAUCUAUUAACUUUAGAUAAAUGUUAUAUAUUUUACGUGCCUUUACUCAGAGAAAUUUAAAAUGUAUUAUAAUGAAAAAAUUGUAUAUGAAAAAUGUGUCACCACAAUAAGAGUUUAAUAUCACUUUUAAAAUGCAAAGCAAAUAAUAAAGCCAACCAAAAUAUAUGGAGAGUCAUUGUAAAAAAAAAUCACAACCAGUCAAUUUUAAGCUCUCAUAUUAUAAAAUAUGCUAAAAAUCUAUUUUACAAAAUGGAAAAGUCUUUGGAUUCAGGCUUUUAUAAUUAAUUUGGGUAUAAAAGCAUCUACCGACACUUGGCGGUAUAUAUGCACAUACUUUUGAAAUAUGUUUGGACAAAUGUAUAAUUCUGAAAAUCCACUGAGUAUUAAAAUAGAUCGUAAAUGCUGUUGGUUGAGUCCUGAUGUUAGAAUAGGUACUCCGUUUCAUAACAUGCAACCAGUGGCAUCAACUUUCACUUGGUGUUGUCACUUGCAUCUUGUGAUUUGCAAAUAUUUAGUUCAUGGCUAAGUAAAUUGCCAGUAUUUUACCACGCUCGUCUUAACAGAGAUACAUACUCACCUUCACAAAAAUGGACAAAUAAACAGAUAGGAUCCACUCGCUCUCCCUCUCUUCUCCCCCCCCCUUUCUAUACUUACUACAACAGAAGCUGGAUAAGUCUAACCAGAUUCAUAGAUGAAGUUUUGGUUUUAAUUCAGUCUGUAAUGUUUCCUUUAUUUGAAUAUACCUUCUCUUAUCUGAUAUGAUACCACAUUAAAUUUGCUCAUUCUUUCUCACUUCAUCUUCAUCAUCCACAAGACAAUAUUCUUCAAAAAAAUAUAUAAAAAACAAUAAAAAAAAUAAAGCAGACCUGACAAAAACACAAUAUCACUUGAUUCUGAAUCAGACAUAGCAGCAUCAACCAUUCACCUACUGUUGUCUGGGUUUCAUGCAUUUUUUUCAAAGUUGACGAAGGUACACAUUAACUCAAUGGUCUGAAGAAUAAGUUAUGGCAAAAUAGAAAUGGAUUGGCUACCACCUUCAAUUCUGCAGUUGAUGCCUAUCGGUUGUCACCCCUUGCUGUGAUGAUUUAUUGGUUGAUAAUAGUGAAAGGCAUUCUCAUUUAUUGCUUCAAUUAUCAUUUGAUAUCAUAUUAUUGUAAGAUUUAUUAUCCAGAUUGUACCAAUAUUCCUGUAUAAAUUAUUGUAUUGAAAUAAAAAAGUACAUGUA